AGUCUUAUAACAGCCUGUAGGCACACCUUUUUUUCUUUAUCUCCGUCUGUUUCAUACACACAACGCAAAUAAAAGAGCUCAGCACCAGUUUGACAUCACCUCAAUGGCUGAAAUGAAUAGGACACAGUUUCCAACCAGCCCCAACACCUCCAGCAGCUCUUGGCAGGCAGACACAAUCAAGGGAGUCCAAAUCACAGCUACCCUGGUCAUCUUCCUGGUGGGAAUACCUCUGAAUGGGCUGGUGGUUUGGACACUUGGAUUGCGGAGUCAUCGUCACCUUGUGCGCAGAGGUAGCAAUGAGGAGACGCGUGCUGCCACCAGUUUCCGCGUUUAUGUCCUGAACCUGGCCCUGGCCGACCUGGUGCUGCUCCUGCGUACCCCCCUCAUGCUGGGCUACAUCGCUUACAACUACAGCUGGCCGUUUGGCCACGGCUUCUGCCACCUAAUCAUGUUCCUGCGAGGCCUGGGGCUGUACGCCUCAGCUUUCCUCCUCUGUGCCGUGGCCCUGGAGCGAUGCCUGUGUCUGCUGAGGCCUGUGUGGGCUCGACUGCGACGGCCCUCCUGGGCUGUUCCUCUGGCCUGUGGCAUCUUAUGGCUGGUAGCCACCAUCCUGUCUGCCCCCUACUUGCACAGCGCUGUCCUGAAGGAAAUAAAUGGGACAUACCAGUGCCUGGAGAGUGGGGAGUUUAACAUGGGUCUGUUUCUCACAGAGACAAUAAUAGGUUUCAUCUUGCCCCUGCUGAUGUUUCUGGGAAGUAACAUGGCUGUGUUGCUCACCAUUAAGCAAACAGUGCCCCCAACACCCACUUCCUCAACGCCUUCAACUGCCCGCAGGGUGAACAGGAUGUACCAAGUGCUCUUUUUCACCAUGCUCCUCUUCCUCACCUGCUGGGUGCCUUAUUUCGUUUGUCGGUUCCUGCGGGCCUUGGCCGAUGGACGAUCUGAUUUGGAAAAGCUGUAUAAAGGAGCAUUAAGAGGCACAUACAUAUCUCUGUACCUGGUGUACAUCAAGAGUGCUCUUAACCCUGUGCUGUAUGUGUUUGCUGCCCGAGGCUUAAGCCGUGCUAUCAAAGCCUCACUUGUCUCCACCAUUGAGCGACUUUUCAAUGAUGACUCCAUGGAGUCCAUACGAAGGAAGUCACUUAAGAAUUCCCAGAUGUAGCUGAGAGGUCAACAACUUUAAGUAGUUUUUAUGUGUUAAAAAAACAAAUGCUUCUCAUCUUUGAAAAAUUCAAAAUAUCUUAAAUAUGACUUUUAACUGAUUGUUUUCCACAUCAGUCAGAGCCACAGCAGAUUGAGAAAUAGGCAGAUCUUAUCUCCUAUAUGUAGAGAUGUAAUCCUGUUGACUGAUUUUACUGUAACUUAGAGUGAUCUUAGAGUGAAUCAAGUGGCUGCAUUUGACUGUACCCACUCAUUUCACCAUUUAACAACCACUUUCUGAAAGGAGAUACACUCCAAUGGGGAUCCUUGGCAUUAAAAAGGUUUGAUCUAAAGGCUCGGACUGAUGUUGGCAGCUCACACACAGUUCAACUCCCAUGGUAAGUCAGGCAGACCAUAAUUAAGUAUGAAAACUAAAGCACAAUGGUGAAGUGCAGAAGGACAAAUACUGUAUACAUCUCAUCAAACAGUGAACCAGGCUGGGUUUCUCUACUGUCAGCUAAGAACAAGAAGAUACAUGGUCAGUAAAACUACAUGAUUGAAGACUCCAAAAAUGCCGCAUUUGUUGCGACAUGCUGAAGGCAGGGUCAUAAUUGGCAUAAAAAUGAAUUCAUGAAUCAUCUUGUCUAUUGGUUUGUGAGCAGGAAACACCUUCUUGGUAAAUAACAAGCCAAAGUACACAUAUUUCUAUGGUGCAGUUUCUGGGCCCCAGGGUAACCAUUGUCAUAUGGAUUCCUCUAAGUUAACAUACCAUUAAGCUUACAUGUACUGUAGCAGUAUCGUUCAAAGAACUGAUACUCCAUAGAUUCAUUAGAAUUCAUAAGAGGACUGAAGCACAACAUACUGAGCAGAAUUUAAAUAUGCGGGAUGAUUAUAUUGUGAACUGGAGUU